GAAAAGCAUAGUCAUGAUCAACUUCACCACCGUUCAUCUAGACGAGACCAUCGUUCCAGAUCCGAUGGAAACUCAACUCUCUCUUUCUAUUUAUGUAUCAAUGGCAUCACACACACAUCUUCUUCUUCUUGCUCAUCAUCAAUCUCUCAACCAAGCUUAAACAAUAACAACAAUGGCCUCCCUUUCUCUCAUUCUCAUUUUCAUUCUCAUCAUCUUUUCUGUCUCUCCUCCCCAGACCUCUCUCGCUGAUGAUUCUUCUGUAAUGGCCAAACUUGCCUCCUCCCUCUCCCCUCUCCCUUCAGACUGGAAAGGCACCGAGUACUGUACCUGGACCGGCAUCAAAUGUGAUGCAACCAACCUCGUCAUCUCAAUCGAUCUCUCCUCCUCCUCCAUUUCAGGUUCUCUCCCUCCCGACCUCAACCGUCUCUCUCAGCUCCAAACUCUCUUUUUCCAGAAAAACCGUCUCUCCGGACCCAUUCCUUCCCUCGCCAAUCUCACUUCUCUACGAGAAAUACAUCUAGACGACAAUGAUUUCUCUUCCUUCCCGCCGGACUUCUUCAGCGGCCUCUGUGGACUGCACAUUAUGGGCAUCUCCAACAACAUGAAUCUCGCGCCCUGGUCGAUCCCUGCAGAUCUGGCUCAUUGUGGGAAUCUGGCAACCUUCACUGCCUCCAAUGCGAGUAUUAUCGGUUUGCUUCCUGAUAUUUUCUCCUCAUUUCCUAGCUUACAGAAUCUCCAUCUUUCUUAUAAUAACAUAACCGGUCCUUUACCUCCGACCUUCGCUGGAUCCUAUAUCGUAUAUCUAUGGCUUAAUAACCAGAUCAAAGGACUUUCCGGUAACAUCGACGUUCUAUCUUCCAUGACCCAGCUCUCACAAAUUUGGUUACAGGCUAAUCAAUUUACGGGUCCAUUGCCAGACCUUGUUAAUUGUACGGAUAUCUUUGAUUUACAGUUAAGAGACAACCAGUUAACUGGAGUAAUACCUAAAUCUGUAAUGAAUCUGCCGAAGUUGGUUAACAUUUCUUUGCAGAACAACAAGAUUCAAGGUCCAAUGCCUGUGUUUGGUUCUAAAGUUAAGGUCGAACUGGGUCAGACCAACAGUUUCUGUAAGGACACUCCUGGACCGUGCGAUGAUCAGGUGACUGCACUUCUCAGUGUUGCAGGCGCCAUUGAGUAUCCGAUGCAGCUAGCCCAGUCCUGGCAAGGGAAUGAUGCUUGUUCAAACUGGUUAUCUGUUAAUUGUGAUACGGAGGGACACGUUACGAUAGUGAACUUUGGGAAGGAUAGGUUUUCGGGAACAAUAUCACCCGCCUUCGCAAAUCUUACCUUUCUUAGGAGCUUGAUCUUGAAUGACAAUAAUCUAACAGGUUCAAUUCCGAUGAGUUUGACAACACUGCCUCAUCUGCAGAUUCUUGACGUGUCGAACAAUAAUCUCAGUGGACCACUUCCUGUUUUCCAUUCAUCAGUCCAGGUUAAUUCUAAAGGCAAUGCAUUUCUCGGUAUGAAAAUCAACCCAGACGGGACUGUAUCCACCUCAUGGAAUGAAUCCGCAGGUAUAAUUGCUGCGCUCGUGAUUGCUGUUGUCCUCUUUGUAGCUGUGGUUUUGUACAUUUCUUACAGAUCCUAUGUAAAGAAACGGAAACAAGAGAAAUUUUUCGGGCAUUUUGAUCCUGAAAAGGGAAGGAAAAUGGCUAAGAAUGUGAACAAUGAAGGUCCAAACGAAUUACAGAGAGGUCAGAGCAGCCGAGAUCACAUUGAGGAGGUUUUCUCAAUCGAAACUCUUAGACAGGUGACUAAUGAUUUCAGCAACAAGAAUGAGUUGGGAAAAGGAGGAUUCGGCAUUGUUUACAAGGGUGAAUUACAAGACGGUACUAAGAUAGCCGUCAAAAGGAUGGAAUCUUCGAUGAUGAGUUCUAAAGGAAUGAACGAAUUCCAUGCAGAAAUUGGAGUCCUAAAGAAAGUCAGACAUAGACAUUUAGUGGCUCUUCUUGGCUAUUGCAUGAAUGGGAAUGAAAGGCUUCUAGUUUUCGAGUACAUGCCACAGGGUAACUUAGCUCAGCGUUUGUUCGAUUGUCGCCAACAUGGUUACUCUCCUUUAACGUGGAAACAAAGGAUCUCGAUCGCACUCGAUGUUGCAAGAGGAGUUGAAUAUCUUCAUAGCUUAGCACAACAGAGUUUCAUUCAUAGAGAUCUUAAACCUGCUAAUAUACUUCUCGGUGAUGACUUGAGGGCUAAAGUUGCAGAUUUUGGUUUGGUGAAAAACGCCCAUGAUGGAAACUACUCCAUGGAUACUCGGUUAGCAGGAACCUUCGGCUAUCUCGCCCCUGAAUAUGCAAAUACAGGUAGAGUGUCGACCAAGAUCGAUGUUUACGCGUUUGGUGUAAUAUUAAUGGAGAUAAUAACGGGAAGGAAAUCACUUGACGAGAAAAUGCCAAACGAGCAGGCAAAUUUAGUAUCAUGGUUCCGUAGGAUUCUGAUAAACAAAGAGGAGAUACGAAAGGUUAUUGACGAGAGUCUUGACAUUAACUGUCAAGGAAGUUACGAAAGCAUUUGCAAAGUGGCGGAGUUAUCGGGUUAUUGUACAGCUAGGGAGCCUUUGCAAAGACCAGACAUGGGUCACAUUGUGAAUGUGUUGAGUCCUUUCGUGGACUUGUGGAAACCGUGUGAGGAAAAGGAAGAGGACGAGAAGGAAGGGGUGGACUCUAUUGACCUUGAUAUGAGCCUGUCGCAAAUUGUUCAGAAAUGGAAAGCUAGCGAAGGUACUUCCUCGGAUAUGUUUAGUAUUGAUGACAGCCGGUCGCAAUCAAAAGACUGGCGAUGACAGAAACAACAAAAACAGAAACAAACCGGGUAUUAAUUUGAUAUCGAUCAAUGGUAUGCCUAUUCUUUCGUUCUUUCUUAAUUUGUUCGAAGCAUGUAUGUAUGUGUUGUGUUGAGUUGAGUUGAGUUGGGCGAGUGAUGUUCAUAGUCCAUUAUGCAUAUAGAGAAAUAUUCAAACACUGUAUGAUAUGAUCAAGUUAUAGAACACUAAUGAUUGGGAUUGGUUUGAAUAAUU